GCGCUAGUGCGGGCUCCGGGCCGCAGUGUCGCCGCAGCGCCGGCCCCGCCCCCGCUCCUCCCAGUCCCCCGCGGCCGCGGCCCCAGAGGCUCCCGAACCCCGGGCCGGCGCGGAGCCCAGGACCUUGAAGCUGCUCCAGCUGGGAUGGCUGCUCCAGCAUUGCUAACAGGUGCAGGGGGUCCAGCCGCACCAGGGGCCCCCUAGGCAUCCUGCGAUCCACCACCUGUCCGUCUGCUCCCACCACCCACUCACCAUGGGCGGCUGCUUCUCUAAACCCAAGCCAGUGGAGCUCAAGAUCGAAGUGGUGCUGCCAGAGAAGGAGCGAGGCAAGGAGGAACUGUCGGUGUCGGCCAGCGGGAAGGGCAGCCCCCGGGCCUACCAGGGCAAUGGCACAGCCCGCCAUUUCCACGCUGAGGAGUGCCUGCCCGCUCCGCACCCUUAUGCAGGCACUCAGGAUUGUGUGGAGGCUGCAGUCUGCCACGUCAAGGACCUGGAGAAUGGCCAGAUGCGGGAAGUGGAACUGGGCUGGGGAAAGGUGCUGUUGCUGAAGGACAAUGGGGAAUUCCAUGCCUUGGGCCACAAGUGUCCACACUAUGGUGCCCCCCUGGUAAAAGGCGUGCUGUCCCGGGGCCGGGUGCGCUGCCCUUGGCAUGGCGCCUGCUUUAAUGUCAGCACUGGGGACCUGGAGGACUUCCCUGGCCUGGACAGUCUGCACAAAUUCCAGGUGAAAAUUGAGAAGGAGAAGGUGUAUGUCCGAGCCAGCAAGCAGGCUUUGCAGCUGCAGCGAAGAACCAAGGUGAUGGCCAAGUGCAUCUCCCCGAGCGCUAGCCAUGGAGGCAGCACUAAUGUGCUCAUUGUGGGUGCAGGGGCUGCUGGCCUGGUGUGUGCAGAGACACUGCGGCAGGAGGGCUUCUCUGACAGGAUUGUCCUGUGCACAAUGGACCGUUACCUCCCCUACGACCGGCCCAAGCUCAGCAAGUCCCUGGAUGCACAGCCUGAGCAGCUGGCUCUGAGGCCUAAGGAGUUCUUCCGCACCUAUGGCAUCGAGGUGCUCACAGAGGCCCAGGUGGUCACCGUGGAUGUGAGGAACAAGAAGGUCGUAUUCAAGGACGGCUUCAAGCUGGAGUACAGCAAGCUGCUUCUGGCACCGGGGAGCAGCCCUAAGACCCUGAGCUGCAAAGGCAAAGAGGUAGAAAACGUGUUCACCAUCCGGACGCCUGAGGAUGCCAACCGUGUGGUGAGGCUGGCUCGGGGCCGCAACGCCGUGGUCGUGGGGGCCGGCUUCUUGGGGAUGGAGGUGGCCGCGUAUCUGGCGGAGAAGGCCCACUCUGUGUCGGUGGUGGAGCUGGAGGAGACCCCCUUUAGGAGAUUCCUGGGGGAGCGUGUUGGCCGUGCCCUCAUGAAGAUGUUUGAGAACAACCACGUCAAGUUCUACAUGCAGACGGAGCUGUCGGAACUGCGGGCCCACGAGGGAAAGCUGAAGGAGGUUGUCCUGAAGAGCAGCAAGGUCAUACGGGCUGACGUCUGCGUGGUGGGCAUUGGUGCGGUGCCCGCCACAGGCUUCCUGAGGCAGAGUGGCAUUGGUCUGGAUUCUCGAGGCUUCAUCCCUGUCAACAAGAUGAUGCAGACCAAUGUUCCAGGUGUGUUUGCAGCCGGCGAUGCCGUCACCUUCCCCCUGGCCUGGAGGAACAACCGGAAAGUGAAUAUUCCACACUGGCAGAUGGCUCACGCCCAGGGGCGUGUGGCAGCUCAGAACAUGCUGGCGCAGGAGGCGGAGAUCAGCACGGUACCCUACCUGUGGACAGCCAUGUUCGGCAAGAGCCUGCGCUAUGCGGGGUAUGGAGAAGGCUUCGACGACGUCAUCAUCCAGGGGGAUCUGGAGGAGCUCAAGUUCGUGGCUUUUUAUACCAAAAGCGAUGAGGUGAUAGCUGUGGCCAGCAUGAACUACGACCCCAUUGUGUCCAAGGUGGCGGAGGUGCUGGCCUCGGGCCGGGCCAUUCGGAAGCGGGAGGUUGAGCUGUUUGUGCUGCAUAGCAAGACCGGUGACAUGUCCUGGCUCACAGGGAAAGGAUCCUAAGCUCCAAUGCAGCUGACUUGGGCAUGCACCAGGGAUUGAGGCCAUGGCCUGGGGGUAGGUGCCAACCUCCAAUUCCCAGGAACCCCCAGGGCAGAGCCUGUAUUCCCUGUGCUUGCUUUCUGCUGCCUCCAGGAAUGUCACCCACCUUCAGGCCUGGCAGUCAUGGCUGGCUGGCAGCGGAGGGAGACCAGGUCCUAUUUCAUCCCCAUCUUUUCAAACUGAUCUCCCACAAGACACUGCAUCAUAUUAGAUCUCAUCUUAAAAUUAAAGCACACAUUUGCAAA